AUAACACAACCAUGAUGGGUUGACUUGGGGGGGAGGUGGUUGGAGAGAGGAAGUGUGCAUUCGCCACCACUUGCUCAGCUAUGGAGACCAACAAAGUUCUUCAUUUCGUGCCUUCGGAGGCGCCUCCCUCUGGGAUGUCCAAGAAUGGAUACUUUUUUCAAGAAAUGGAGCAGCGGGAGGCAGAGCAGGAAGAGGGCAGCGAGGGCCGAGAGGAGGGACAGGACUCGCCGAUCGCCUGCGGAGAUGACAUCCACCUCUAUGACAACCAGAUCAGCCCUGGGCCAGAUGCUGACGACUCUGGUUGUGUGUUACUGAACACAUCAAGAAGGUAUGUGAAGCUGAUGAACUUUGAGGAGGAGAUUCGUGCACAUCGGGACCUGGAUGGCUUCUUGGCGAGGGCCAGUAUCCUGCUGGACGAGACCGCGGCUUCCCUGGACGAUGUUCUGAAGAGAAUGUUGCACCACGUGGGCCAAGACAGCAAUGCAUCUGAGCCCAGCUGCAACUUCGAGGAGGUGAUGAGCAUGCUUUUCACAGAUGCAGGAGCUCAGGAGGUCAACGUCCACCUGCUGUCUGAGACGAUCCAGGGGGUUACAGCCACGGCCACCGGGAUCCAGUACCAGCAGUCCUGGCUCUGCAUCCUCUGCAACGUGAAGCAUCUCCAGAGGCGUCACGUGUGCAUCUCUCGCCUGGAGAGGCCGCAAAACUGGGGGGAGAACUGCUGCGAGGUCCGCUAUGUCAUCCUGAUACUGGCCCCGCUCAAAAUGAAAAGUACGAAGACGGCGAUGGAGAUGGGCAGGACGUUCGCCACCCUGUUCUCUGACAUCUCCUUCAGGCAGAAGCUGCUGGAGACAAAGACGCAGGAGGAGUUUAAAGAGGCGUUGGUGUUCCAGAGGCACCAGCUGACAGCAGCCAACCAGCAGCCCACCAUUCUAGGGAAGGAGGAGAUUGACCCCCGCGGUCACAAACCACUCAAGUGUAAAGAUUUCUUCAAAGCCGGCCGGGGGAUUUAUGAGGACUUGUGCCGCAGACUGCCUCUCUAUGCCUCUGACUUCACAGAUGGUGUUGUUGGCAGUAAUAAAACCCUACUGAAGUACAUGACCACAGCCAUCUUCCUCUACAUCGCCAUCCUCCUCCCCGCCAUCGCUUUCGGCUCCCUCAACGACGAGAGCACACGUGGGGAAAUUGAUGUCCGGAAGACCAUCAUCGGUCAGAGCAUUGGUGGGGUCAUCUACUCGUUGUUUGCCGGUUCUCCUCUAGUCAUCCCUCUAACUACAGCUCCCCUCGCUAUCUUCAUCAGUGUGAUCCGAGGAAUCUGUGAUGACUACAACCUGGACUUCCCCGCCUUCUACGCCUGCAUCGGUCUGUGGAACUGCCUCUUCCUCAUCCUGGGAGGGAUCUUCAAUGUCAGCCUUGUCAUGAAGCUCUUCAAAAGGUCAACCGAGGAAGUCAUCGCCCUGUUCAUCUCCAUUGCGUUCGUGGUGGACGCAGUCAAAGGCACAGUCAAAAUCUUUCAGAGGUACUACCACGCACCGACGAUGGCCAACAGAAGCAUAGAGUACAGUCCCAGAGUUGGAGAGCUGGCCGGGGGGAACAGGAGCGAUAUGGCUGUAGGGUUGGUGCUCAACACUCUCCCUGAAUCCCUCAUCCAGUGCAGUCGAGAAAGGCCUGUCCUCUGCCUCCUGCUGAUGAUGGGAACAUUAUGGAUGGGCUACACCCUCUACCAGUUCAAAAGAAGUCCGUUCCUGCAUGCCAAAGUGAGGGAGGUGCUGUCGGACUGCGCCCUGCCGAUUUCAGUGCUCUUGUUCUCCUUCAUCGGCUCCUACCUUUUCAGUGAUAUUGAACUUCCAGUCUUUAAAGUUCAUGACCGGCCCGUCUUCAACGUGGCUCCGUUCGAGCGGCUGUCGGCCCUGAACGUUGUCAGCGCCAUGGGCCUCGGCUUCCUCUUGGCUCUCCUCAUCUUCAUCGACCAGAACAUCGUCGUCUCGCUGACAAAUGCACCAGAGAACAGGUUGCUGAAGGGAAAGGCGUAUCACUGGGACCUGAUGCUCUCUGGGCUCAUUAACAUACUGAUGUCAGUGCUGGGGUUGCCCUGGAUGCACGCAGCCUUCCCUCACUCCACCCUCCAUGUGCGCCAGCUGGCUUUCGUGGAGCAGCGCGUGGAGGGGGGGCACCUCUAUGAGACUAUCGUCCAGGUGAAGGAGACCCGGCUGACGUCUCUGACUGCCAACAUCUUCAUCGGCGUGUCGGUGCUGCUGCUGCCCCUCCCACUGCAGUGGAUCCCCAAACCCGUCCUGUAUGGCCUCUUCCUCUACAUCGCCCUCACCUCCAUCGACGGAAACCAGAUGUGUGACCGCAUGGCUCUUCUCCUCAAGGAGCAGACGUCUUACCCGCCCACCCACUACAUCCGCAAAGUGCCCCAGAGGAAGAUCCACUACUUCACCUUCCUGCAGAUGAUGCAGCUGCUGGUGCUGUGUACAUUUGGCAUGUACCCCAUACCGUACAUGAAGAUGAUCUUCCCUCUGGUCAUGAUCCUGCUUAUCCCAAUCAGGAACAACGUGCUUCCUCAUAUCAUUGAGGCCAAAUACUUGGACAUAAUGGAUGCCCAACACAUGUAGCUACAGAUGGAGACAAGCUGUGUGCAUAUAAAAAAAAAAAAGAAAAGAAAAGACGUCUGGAAUGAAAAAAAUAAAAAAAUAAAACAACAAAGCAAGAAAUGAGGGAGGAAAAAAAAACAACAACAUAUUUUUCAAUGCAAAACUGUAUGGAAGCAAAAAAGGAGAAAUACCGACUGUUUUGACUUUUGUAUCAGAUGAGAACAUUCUUACAGGUGAAGCACUGGAAAUGUGGGAAGUCGUGUGAAGAAGAGAGAGAUGAGAAGCCGUGGGGGGAAAAUGUUUCCCAAAAACGUGGACAGACAGAAUCUCUCUGAGGAGAAGAAGAAGAAGAAGAAAAAAAAAAAGUUCUACCGAUUUAAACGGGACCGUCCAGAACUCCCUGUUUCACCUCCGUUUGACCCUGUCAGAUCGCUCAGUGCCAUAUACCUCCAUGUUCUCCUCUCACACCUUUACUUUGUAUGGUAACACUUUACUAUAUCGUUAUUGCAGUGUAUUCAUCUGUGUUUUAACCUGUGGGUAAGUACUUGAAGUACUCACUAAUACUGUGUAAGUAAUAAAAAAACGCUGCCAGUGUACAUUGUAUAGUAUUUAGAACGGUGUAAUGGCACAAUGUAAGUAUGAACAAUAUCUUUUUUGACACUUUGCACUCACAUUGUGUUUUUUACACUCAUAUAUGAGUCAAUUUUACAUACUUACACUGUGUUGAUAAGUACUUAAAUACUUUUCCAUGGGUGAAUUAACUUAAAGAGCACUGCAUUUAAGCCACUGUAAAGUACAUCUUUACCUUUUUGUAUUUCUGUCAUCGUGCAGUGUUAAAAACCUUCACAUUCCUGAACCUUUUAGCUGUGA